AUGAACUCAGUCAAGGCUGAGAUUCAGCUCAAACCAGGCACAUGUCUGGCCCUUCUGAAAAAGGAAACGUCUGAUUUUGGAGGAUGGAUGAACUCAGUCAAGGUUGAGAUCCAGCACAAACCAGGCACAGCCUUUGUGACUGUAAGAACCAGGCGAGCAGCCGAUUCGAACGCUUUGACGUUUGGGCAAACAGGACAUAGGGUUUGUCUCAUUGUUGCAACGUGGGGAUUAACCACCGUGUUGAGCACCAUUGUCUGCCCCGCGAACAACGGCGCCGAGGUUCAAGAAACAGCCGCCAAAGCCCUUAUUUGCUCCGAAAACCACUUGUCCCGCUGUUCUCAACUCCAAUUUACGUUGGUUUCUUCCACGUUCAUCGCCUCCAAAAAAUAUUUUUUCAUCCACCUGCGAAUUUGUAAGACGAGUCCAUUGCUAUGCCAAGUCCAAAUGAAGAGCAACUGCGAAUUUCCUGUUUUCGAAUUCGGAUUUCGCAACGCCGAACGCCCUAGCAAUCUGCGUUUUUUAUCGCCGCGGUGUUCAUGGUGA